UGCCUGUCAUUCUGGGAAGAAAAAAGCAAGCUGACAUGGAAUGUGUUCUUGCCAGCGAUAGUGUUUGGAGGUUCGGCUCUUUUUGCUGCUGUACUGCUGUGGGCCAGGUUUAAAAGCUGCAGAUAUCCCAGAGCUGUAGUAAAGGGUUUUCAGUGGCUUGGAUGAGGACUGCAAAGAUGCAUCAGAACAAUGUGGGCAAUGGCUUCUGGGAAGGUCGUGAAAAAAUAAAGUAUGGCUAAUGGACCCGAGCUCUUCGCUCUUCCCUUUUGGCAGUCGUUCGUGGUAACAUAAAGUCUCCCUGGUGUGUCUGAGUCUCCCUCCUGGUGAGCUGUUCAGCUCUGUGCCAGCCACAGGUGCAGAAUGCUUUGAAAAGAGCCCACUGAAGGCAUGCUGGUAAGAUCCUGAGUCACAGAUGGAGCAAACUUUUCCAGCUCGUCACCAUACACCGGCCUCAGACCUUUGGAGCAACUACCAGAGGGGCUGAACUUUGCUGUCCCCCACUGUGCUACCUGGGACCUUUUCCAUGUUAGCAAAGGUUGAUGGAAACCUGCACCUAGGUGGUACUAUGUGAGAGUGAGAUACUAUCCCUGCUUCGGUCCCUGCCAGCAGCACUGUGUCACCACGCACCAGAUGUGCAGGCGGCUGCAAAGAGCUUUCCUCCCUGAGCACGGCUGCUCUCUGUCAAGAAAAAAGAUGGUGGACCUGGAAACCAGCUGGAGAUUGCAAAGUCUCCUUUCUCUCGAGGGUGCCAGUCAGCGGUCAUCUUCCACCACACCCAAGGAAACCAGAAGAGCUCCACGCUAACCUCUGUAAGGCUUGUUUCACUAUGGAAGAUCAAUUGAUUUUCUGGCUCAGGUUUUGUGAAGUUCAGCAUCUGCCUUGGACCCACAAUUUGGAAAAGGGGUCAUCUCUGAGGCACGGUUAAGAGACAGAAAAAACAGUCCCAGACGAUGAGCACUUUAAGUAGCCCUGGAAUAUUACUCAGCUUAACGACAGUGUCUGUUACGCUGGAUUUUAGUUUGCAUGGCGGUCUGAUGGCUUGGUCCUUAAGCAGUAAUUUGACUCUGAAUCAGAGUUUGUCUACAUCUGAUCCUCUUAAUGCCUCUGAGAAGGGCGAAGUCUCUCGGAUGUCCGUGAGGGAGAAGAACUGGCCAGCCCUCCUGAUCUUGGUUGUCAUCCUGCUGACCAUUGGGGGGAACAUAUUGGUAAUUAUGGCUGUGUCCUUGGAGAAGAAGUUGCAGAAUGCUACAAACUUCUUCCUGAUGUCUUUGGCGGUGGCAGACAUGCUGGUGGGUAUCCUGGUCAUGCCCGUGUCGCUCAUUACAGUCCUGUACGAUUAUGCUUGGCCUUUGCCUAAACAGUUGUGCCCUAUAUGGAUUUCCCUAGAUGUGCUCUUUUCAACUGCAUCUAUUAUGCAUCUCUGUGCCAUCUCUCUUGAUCGGUAUGUAGCAAUACGCAAUCCCAUUGAGCACAGCCGCUUCAAUUCCCGCACCAAGGCUAUUAUGAAAAUUGCUGCAGUUUGGACCAUAUCCAUAGGGAUAUCUACGCCUAUUCCGGUCAUUGGUUUGCAGGAUGACUCCAGGGUGUUUGUAAACGGGACCUGUGUCCUCAACGAUGAGAACUUCGUCCUCAUUGGAUCCUUCAUGGCGUUCUUCAUCCCUCUCAUCAUCAUGGUGAUCACGUAUUGCCUGACCGUCCAGGUGCUGCAGAGACAGGCAACGGUGUUCAUGUGCGGAGAGGUGCCCAAGCAGAGGAGGAGCAGUGUAAACUGCCUCAAGAAGGAAAACAACACAGAGAACAUUUCAAUGCUCCACAAUCACGAGGGAGCAUCUCACUUGAACUCUCCUGUAAAUAAGGAGGCAGUGCUUUUUCGGAAAGGAACUAUGCAGUCCAUCAACAACGAGCGAAGAGCCUCCAAGGUCCUGGGCAUCGUCUUCUUUUUGUUCCUCAUCAUGUGGUGCCCGUUUUUCAUCACUAAUGUCAUGUCUGUCCUUUGCAAGGAAGCCUGUGAUAAAGACCUCUUGAGUGAACUCCUGGAUGUGUUUGUUUGGGUGGGAUACGUUUGCUCUGGGAUUAAUCCCCUCGUAUACACACUCUUCAAUAAAACAUACCGCAGGGCUUUUUCCAAUUAUAUCCGUUGUCAAUACAAGACCAGUAAAAAAUCAGCGCUGCGGCAGAAUCAGUGUCUGAAUGUUGCUUCAACAGCUUUAUAUGGGAAAGAUCUGACUUUAACUAGUUAUCGAAACGGCAAUGAACUUAAUAGCAUGGAACUAGAUGAAGCUGAGGAGGGCCUUGAAAUGCAACCAGGGACUUCAGAGCUCUCCAUAAACAGCUGUAAUGUUGUAAGUGAAAGAGUGAGCUGUGUGUAAAGGUGGCUCACACAGCCUUUUGCUACAGUGUUAUCUGUAGCCAAAAUAUGUGUAAAAAUGUAAGUGUUGGUCAAAGGACAAUGUAAAUAUUGCAUUCUGAACAAAGCUUUUUUUUUUUAAAGAAAAAAAAAUAGUUGUCUUUCCAGUCUAGUACUUAAAAUCAUAUAUAUUAAUAUACCGCAGUGAAGUUUAAGGUUCUAUAUUUACUGUUAAUACUAGAUCAGAACUAUUAGUUACUUUGCAUAUGUCAUGGACAAAAUGUUUGAAUUCUUCUUCCAGUGCAUGAACAAAAAUGCUGAAUAUUUAUCUCAGGUGGCAUUUGCUGGAGUUCAGAAUGGCACGUUAAUAGUUAUAUAUCAAAUACAUACUAUUAGACUUGGUCAGUAUAACUUUCUUUUUCAAGUUGACAGUAAAUAUAUACUUUAAAUCCUCACCCCUAUUUUUGUGCCGUGUAAAGACUGUACAGAAACCUGGCAGAGAGGCGUCACAAAAACGUAGCAGCUGUGCAGGUACCUGGCCAGACAUGUCCCGUUACGGGUAGUGGCAUGCUGCCGUGCUGGGGCAACCUUGCACUUCAAGGGACCUCUGGUCAAUUUUGACUCCCACCCCAAUGCUGCAGUUUUCUUUCCGUUCCCCAGGAGGCUCCGGCUCCCUAAGGAAGGUGGGGAAUGCCCUUCUGGUGUGGUGCUGGGAUCACUUGCACACUUGGAGAAGAAGCAUAAGAAAAAGAGCGAACCCAUGAUCUGCUUCACCUGUUUUAUAAAUAGAGGGGCUCCGAUUUCUAAAAAGCCAUCCUUUGGUCUUACAGAUAAUCAUCAGCUCUGGGGUGGGGCCAGCUGUGCCUGGGGUGGAUGACACUGCCUUCACAGGUUGCUUGGAUGACCAGGGUCUUUGGUUGACGUGGAGGAGAGCUCUCUGGCUUUGUAAGAGCUCUUGUCUUCUCAGUCCUCACGUCUAUUUAUUCCUUAGCUUGUUUAGCAUUUGCUUUUAUUUUUCAGCAUCCUGGGACUUGCAGAGCUGGUGAUAAAACACUGCCUUGGGUGUAGAGCAGAAGCUGCUGUGCAUGUGGUGCUGGCUGGGGUCAGGCCAGGCUGUGAGGUGCAGGAUGUGUCUCCCUGGGGGAUGCUGGGAGAGUGGCAUAAACGAGGGGCCCUGCUCAUUUCUCCCGUCUCAGGAGGGGGUGGACAGAACUGGACAGAUUAUGUGACUGGAAUUCAUUUGCUGGUGACAGUUCAAAAGCAGACGGUGACCAGGGACAGGAAGGAAACAGACCUGGAGCUAGUCUACAUGGAAGAUUAAUUUGGAAUAACUUUUAAAUUUGAUUUAUUCCAUUUCACUCCCAAAGUAAAUUAUAGUAUAUCAUAUUAAUGUCACUUACAUCUUAAUGAAAACAUCCACAUUGGGAUUUAAUGCAUUUUAAGUAAUCUGCUUUUAAUUCACACUGUGUAUAAUUUGAAUUAAUUUUCCUCUGUGUUCCUGUGUAGACAAACCCUCCAAGGAAUCGUGUCUUUCUGGCACUGUGUCUCUGGGGUGAUGCUUCUCAUGCGGUUUUCCUUGUGUAGACUAUUCUCUAAUGACAGAUAUCACCCAUAAGGUUUUUCCAUCUCCAUUAACUAGCAAACAAAUGCUGCAGUGCCCAUCUAACAUGGAUGCAUUUAGCAUCACUAACAGCCUCUGGCUAUGAAAAUCCUCAGAACAGAAGAGCUUACACUAGGCAUGGAUAAAUUGCAUUUUACUAACAUGAACUGCUUGUACUCUAAGCUUGCUGUGUUCAUCCCACCAAAAUUAACUUGUAGAAGAAAUGGGAAAUCCUGCUAGUGCUUCAGCAUAACGUUGUGCUGUUGCAUUGCUGUGUGCAGAAACAACCUCUCUGAGGCCACUACUGAAACACGACAUACAGGUUGCGUCUGGUGCUGGGUUGCUCUCAGCUUGGCACGUUGAAGUUGAUGGUCCUCUCUUCUCCCUCAUCCCCUCCUGGGAAAAAUCCAUGGUACUUCCAUGCAGGCAGGUGAGGUAUCCCAGUGCAGAGAGUAUCUUACUGCUUGCAGAAGGCAGCGGAGAUGCACCACAUGCCAAGCCUGCUGAUGCCGCCACAGGCUGGAACGCUCGAGGAUCCACUUGCCUCUCCAAAAAGGUCAGGUAACCAGUAGGAAAAGGGCUGGCCAGAGACACGAACUCGUGCCUUCAGUGACUGCCCUUUGCUUUGAGUCAGAUUUGAUUAUCUCAAACAGUAGAGAAAAAUCAGAAAGAUCACAUUGCUUUUUAAGUUGUUUUUUUUUUUUUCCUUAGAUGAAUUCAUAGCACAUCUUUUCCAAACUUGUGUAUCUGUGUGUAUAUAUAUAUAUGUGAGAGUGUACAUAUAUAUAUAUCCAAAAGCCAACCACAGAUUUUGAAGUCAUUUAGCAAUAAGUUGCACUACAGUAGCUUCUAGCACAUGUGUGAAUAGGUCAUGUGUGAAUAGCUCAUUUUUCACAGCAUCCUGGAACGCAGUAUUAAGCCCACACACAGGCACUGUCCUCGCAUAGGAGCCUUCUUGUCUCACCUUGCCGCUUCUGUUGUAUGGGCAAAAAGGGAGCCUACUGUAUUUGGAUGUAAAUAAUAGGAAUUGAACAGAGAAUUUACAGAAUUUUUAUAAAUGUUUUUAAAAAAUUCAGCACCAGAACUAUAAAUACGUGACUGUGGCUACUCAGCUGGACCCGUUCUGAUGUAUGUCACUUGUUUAGGUAAACAGACAAGGGGACUGCCUUACAGCGCCUGCAUUCUCUCCUGGCCAGCGGGUGAUAACAUUUUUGUGAAUGGUUAAAUACUGUCACUUGCCCAACUUCCUUUGGGUCAUUCACAUCAGGGUUUUGUGAUGCUGCUAUUAAUUUAUUAAAGAAAGUUUGUUGGUUUAAUCACUCUUAAUUUUUUUUCAUGGUCUAUCAGAAAAUAAAUGGAUGAAUGUGCCCUCCCUUUCUUUCAUCUGUCCCCAGUUAAAAUCUUUUCUAUGUGAAAAAUAUGUCAUGACCAAAAAACAAAACAACAACAAAAAAUAAGGAUAAGGAUAACUUUCAUUUCUCCUCCCACACUUGAAGUAUGGCCCACAGUUGCUUAAUCACAGAAAUUAAUGUCAGGAGAUACCCUAAGGCUUCCAACCCCGAAACUUGUCAAAUAUGAGGAUGGUGAUAAACUAUUCCCCCUCUUCUCCUUGCUCCCUCCAGGAAUAACUGUUAAAAAAGACAUUUUUAAAAAAUGCCUCAAUUUGAAGAAUGGAUUUAGUUCUCUGCAACUUAACCAAAGUCAGGUUGUCCCCACAGCAGCUUUGCUUCUCCCAAGCUGCAGUCAUUAACCACGGUGGUGCCUCGAGAAGCCCUGCCCUGGGGCUGUCUGGUGGGAGUACCUGCUGGAAGCUUUGUGUGAGUCCUCAGACCUCGGCUCAGAGACACUCAUGUUAACCAUUAGUGCCUUUCUUCUGGACGGCCCCACAAAGAGGUUCGUCACUGGCGUGGAGCAUGGCCAGUGCUCUUCCCUUCCAAGUCAGCAGGCUGACUGCAGUCAUCUGAUGUGCUGGAGCCACGAGGGCCCUGGUCUCAGGUCUUCCGCUUGUUUGCUUUUACCCACCCUGAAACUCGUGCUCUGAAGCUGUCGGAAGUCAACAAAAUAUCUGUGUGAUGUGUCAUUCCCUCUUGGCCGUGCAGGAGGGCUACAAUCCCAUAACAACAUGGAGAUGGAGAGUCUUCAGGUGAAUGAUUUUAGAUACGUGUAAGACAGACAAUCAAUGCAGCAAGGCACACUUGCCAAUUAAAGAACCACACCAGAAGAUCUUUAAUGAACAGUCAAGUACGUGAGCUACACCAUGGAAAACAUUGCUCAAAACCAUCCUAAAUCACCGGUUCUGCUGAUGGCAGGAGGAUAUGGGAGUACCUGGGGAGGGAGUGUGGCAACUGCAGGGUGCCCUGCGCAGCACACCCCUGCGGGCAGCCCCCUGCAUGCUCCCCCCAGGAGGGCUCCUGCGGGAUGUGCUCCACUCUUCGCUCAGCAGGGCAAAUGCAGAACAGGCUGCAAAAGCCUGGGCUCCUGGCCCACAGCUUCCAAGAUCUGGGGAGGUGCCUAGCAAGCGGAAGAACAGGCGGGUGCUGGUGGUGGAUGGGUGCUCAUCAAAGCUACUGAUGAUCUUAAUCAGAGUCCGUUCCCCUGACUGAAGUCUAGAACAGCUUUUCUGUGACUUUUUGGGGAGGAAGACUUCAGUGACCUGCCUGCGGACCCCAUGCUUCCCAAAGAUUUUGAUACUGCUGAAAGCAACAGCGCAGCGACGAGGCUGGCACACAGGUGGGCUAACCCUGAAACGAGCAUUCGUUCAAUCUUGCACCUCUCCUUGGUGUUGCUGAAGAGGAAACUACCUGUGUCCUCUACCAGGCUGUCCUGCAGUGGCAUGUAGCAAAGUAGUGGGGAUGCAUUACUAAUUCUGUGCAACAAACGGGUGGUGCAGCAAACCAUGGCGAACAAAUGGAGGUUUUUCCUUAGUUAGAUCUUUACUUCUUGAGGGUAAGUGAAUGUGGUUGCCUGCGGUGCUGCAGUUCAUUGGCAUUUCAGCUUUAAAAAGCUGGGCCUGAGCUGCAGCCCCAGUGACAGUCACAGUGGGGGGAUGCAAGUCCAGGCACAGGCACAAGGACAUUUUUAAUGAGAAGAGAGUAGAAAGCUUGGCUUGUUCCUCCUAGCAGCCCAAGAGGGUGAGGACAGCUCUCCAUCAGGACAUCAGGGAGUGCUUGUUCUGACUGAGGAGGGAGAGGAGCUACUUAGGCUAGAGGAAAACAUUGGCAUAUAAACUAGGAAUUAGAAGCAGGUUUCUAACAGGUGGAGUAUUCCAGGCAUGGGACUGCACUUUCUGGUGAGGCAGCAGUAACAUCAACCAAAAAGUUUAUUGAGGGCUCAGCUUUUGCAUUCCCACAGGGUUUUAUGCUAUAGGGGUACAGUGGGAGGACCCAGCUCAGCCCUUCUGUCCCCAGCCUCCCAGCGGGCAGAGCUUGGGUGCCAAGCCAGCCAUCUGCACGGCAGCACCUCUGACCUCCCUGGCGGCGCGUCCCGAAGUGUGGGAGGAACAAACAUCUUGAAGCAAGAACACUGCUUUUAUGCUACGGUCCUUCCAAGUCCUAGCAAAGCCACGAAAAAUGCCACAAUUUUGGAGGAAGGCAAGCGAGGCCAUGCCAAGUCAGUGUGUCUUCUGCAAGUAGGACAUGAAGUCAAGGCGUUGUGAAGGCUGUGUGUUCCCAGCCCUGAGCCAGCCCCAAACCGUGUGAAACAGUAUUUCAUGUGCAUUCUCAGAAGCAUCCAGAACCAACCAGCUUGGGUAGCCAAAGUCUGACUGCAUGUAGUCACUGAGAGAGCCAUUGUCCCCUCUGUUUAAUUUUCAUGCCCUAAAUACUGAAUCCUGGCGGAAGCGAUGCUGCACCUGCUUUCGUCCUCCUCUGCGUCCCAGCACAGAUGCUGACACCCAGUGGCCGUGAUGUUUCUAGCGCCUGUACGAGAUGGAAAACUUCAGCAGGGACGCCUCAGCCGCCAUUGGCAGGUUAUAGUGGUUGAAACACUUCAAAAUCCUGCAUUCAGAGGCCAGUCAGAAAAAUGAAAAAAUAUGACGAUGGAUAACGAGGAAACAGAAGGUAAACUGGUUUUCAAAUUAUUCUUUUGUUGGCAGCUUGAAAAUAGACCCCAGUGAGAGAAGGAGGUGAUUGUGUGAGUUCAGAGACCUUGGCAUUCGCCUUCCCUGUUUUGCUGCUUCCCAGAAGCAGUUAGAAUCUGACAGACACAAAUUGAUUUUGCAUUUCCCUGCAGCAUGCACAGGAUCGUGCUUUCAUAUGUUUGACAAUUAUUGACAUUCUCUAGGGAAAAAAAGCUCUGUAGGAGAGGUUGCUUUUCAUUCUUCAACAAAUAGCUCUAAGACUUUAUCAGUCAAAGACAGAAAAAAAGACUCUAAACUCAAGGGUAUGCAAAGGAGUUAUCUUUGUGUGCUUGGCAAAGACGUACCUCACCAGACAUGUGGAGCUAAGAAGGUAAAAACACCGGGGAACUCUGUCAUGAGAUGGGAACAAUAAGAGCAGAGUAUACCAAAGGAGGAAUUUUGAAAGCACUUUACUGAAAAUAUUAAUUAUGGACUGCAGCAAAUUAAUUAAACCACUGUAAUGCAAAUACUGUGCAAAAGAAAUAUGUAAUUAGUGUAGUUCUAUAAACACACGGGGGGAGAAGCAUACUACUGAAAUUCUAGCAAGGUUCAGGAUGUUAGGAAGGACUAGCAGCUGGCCACCUAUUUGGGUUAGAUUUUGCACGUGCUGCAGAUGUGAUGCUGAGAGAAAGCGGGUGGGGGGUGUCUUGCUGCUGUUGCUGCAGUGAGGACCUUCUGCAGGGGCAAGUUUGGUGAGUGGGGAGCCCCACGCCAAAACCAAGCCCAUCUUUCACUGCCUAAACACGCCUAGAAAGCUGCACCAUACAGAUACCAUAAGUAGAUGCACUUAAUUUAUCACUCUGUUACUAGGCAGGUUUCUAGGCAGGCUUCAGCCUAGCUUUUAUAUUUUGUGGUUACUGAAAUAGCUCUGAUCUUUUUGGGGGUGAGUUCUAGCUGCAGAGGUACAACAUCCAUUCCUCUACCACCUUUUACCUGUGCCCGUUCUCUUUCAUUCUUCUUCCCUUCUUCCCUCUUUUGGGACAAAAUUAGACUAGGAACUUUAACCCAGCUGAAGCC